AAUGUAGGUAUCAGCUGGUCUUACUUGUCGACCUAAUAAACGGGCCUUGAUUUGGACUCUAUUCCUCUAUUCGUUCGGUACGUGGAAAAAGAAAAAAGUUUUUAAUUUUUUAUUUUCUCAACGAUAAGAAGAGAUAAGACGGCUGAUAGUAUCACAAACGACAUAAACACAUCAAAUUACUCGUCAUCAAUAUGAAUAUGGAGGAAGUAACACCUGUCAAUCCCAAUGAUUUGAAAGACUUGAAGGAGCGUAUGAAUUUAAUUGCCCAAGCAGACCCCAAGCAAUAUCAUAAUGAUUUCUCCCUGAAACGUUAUUUAAGGGCAUUCAAAACUGUUGAUGACGCCUUCCAGGCUAUAUUGAAGACGAACAAAUGGCGGGAGCAGUACGGUGUCGAGGCUUUGCAAAACAAUACGGAACUUGAGCAAUAUAAGGAUAAGGCCAGAGUACUGCGGCAUAGAGAUUGCCUGGGCAGACCGGUAAUAUAUAUACCAGCAAAGAACCACAGCAGUGAACGUGAUAUUGAUGAGUUGACCAAAUUCAUUGUUAAAUGCCUGGAGGAAGCUUGCGGCAAAUGUUUCGAGGAAGUGACAGACCGCCUUUGCAUUGUUUUUGAUUUGGCCGAUUUUAAUAUGAACUGCCUGGACAUGCAGCUGGUUAAGAAUUUGAUAUGGCUAUUAUCGCGACACUAUCCCGAACGCUUGGGCGUUUGUCUAAUCAUCAAUUCUCCGGGUCUGUUUUCAACAGUAUGGCCCCUCAUACGUCAAUUGAUCGACGACAAUACCGCAAAGAAGGUGGUAUUCGUCAAUGACGAGACCGACUUGUGUAAAUACUUGAUACCCGAUAUACUUCCUACCGAUAUGUAAAUAGCAUUUACAUUGGGUGCGGAGAAGGACCGGGUGUUAUCUCGAACGGUGCAUAUAAAACAAAAAAAUAACAGAAAUGCGGCACAAUAUUUACAUUCCUGUGUGCUUCUCGUGCAGCUCUAGACAAAAUCAAACAACAGUACCUAACAAAAUGAGAUAUUGCUACAAAUAACAAACAAAUAUUCCUCACUUAGCCUUUUUAUUAAAUGUAAAGAUAUUCAUCAUUCCAUGGUCAGAUCUCCCGUAAUUUAUGUUUGUAAUUAACGCAAGUAGUGGUGAUUUGGUUAUUACGAUUAUUAUUAUUAUUUAAAACUGUAAAUGUUGUGUACAUCUAUUUAUCCGUGUAUUUAUGAACCAUAUUAUAUGAAUUUACCAUUUGUGUGUGUAUGUUUGUAGUGUAUACUAAGCCAGUGAAUGUAUUCAUGUAUUAUUCAGAUAGUAUUUGUUUUCUGGGAAACCAGAUUAAAACGAAACCAUCUGAGGAGAUCUGAUUGUUAAUACAUUAUUGUAACUCUAUUACAAUGUAAUAUCUUACUAACGUUUAAUUACAAAUGCCUAUGUAUGUAGACGAUAGUGAAGAGCUAAAUCGUUGGUGGUGAGCUAUUUUCAUUAUCACCAAAAACACAAAAAAUAGCAAAUAAUCUCAAUUUCAUGAUUCGAUUGCCAGUAAUGACUCAUUAUUUAUGUUCUAUUUUGAGUUAGCUGUUGUUUCAAAUGUGACACUUCGAUGUGAAAAAGUGUGUCAUUAGGGAUACAUUAAUCAUUAUCUGUACGGUUUAAAGAAAUAUUAACUUUUGGAAAGUAUUUAUUUGCUAUUUUUAGAUAAACGUUUGUAGAAAUUAAACACAUUUGUAUGCAUGAUUUAUAUAUAUGUAUGUAUACAUGUAUUAAUAAUAAAUAUUAAUCCCAUUGGGCUGGAAAUACUUAUUUAAA